AUGGACCCCCAACAGCCCACCGCCCUCCCACUGCAGCUGCAUGGCAACAGUUUUGCUCUGAGCUCUGGACAAGUGCCAGUGCCAGAGUACAAUGGAGGAGGCGGCGGAGGCCAAGACGCAGAACUUAAUCAGCAAAACAUGACCUCCUCUGCUCGUGUCAGUUCCAGGUUGAGCCCAGAUGAACAGUUUCCGAGCCCACUGGAGCGGCCGGUUCACUGCCAUGCCAAGGGCAAGCUGGACAUCAAGAGCAGGAGCUGCACUCUACUCACCAUCUGCCGCUCCGGAGUAAUUUUUCCCUGGAUGAAUCCACGGACAACUGACUCUGAUCAAUCUGGCAGAGGCAGGCCUGGCCGGCGGAGGGAGAGGACGGCCUUCACCAACAGCCAGCUGGUGGAGCUGGAGAAGGAGUUCCACUUCAACCCUUACCUGCGUCAGUCCCGGAGGCUGGAGAUGGCUGCCGGGCUGCAGCUCACAGAUCGCCAAGUCAAGAUCUGGUUUCAGAACCGCAGGAUGAAGUACAAGAAGGAGCACAAGCCUGGAAAGGUGUCGGGUGCAUCCCAGCAGUCUCCCUGCCGCCUCACCUCCACCCUCACCUCCAGCCUCACCUCCAGCACCAGCUCGUGUGCAGAUCAGCUGAGGUUCUCUGGUUCAUGUGCUGUCAGGACGUCCUCCUCCACAGACCUGCACUACAUGGAUUAUGCUCCUGUGUCCUCCUACCUCAUUGCCUCUCACAGUGACGGCGGCAGGGAUGACGGUUAA